UGGAUUCAUGGGGGCUACCAUAAGUGAUUUAGUGUAAGUUCAGGGGUCUUUACAUUUUCUUUACCGGAUUUUCUACCCACUUUCACCUAUAGGCUGUGUUUGAUUUGAAGGAAAAAGUAGGAAAAGAAAGGAAAAUGUAGGAAACCUUUACCAUUCUGCUUCACUUCGUCAACAAUUUCUUCUAAUUUGCAUGUCGGAGAGAUUCGGGGGUGUUGUAGACUUGUAGUUGCACUGACGAAACAGGCACCAGGCGAAAUGAGAGGGCAAGAUUUGUCUGGUUCGGUUAACCCCAACCAUGGCGAGGUGGACUCCGCGUCGUCGCAGCCGCCACCGGCGAGGCGUUUCCCUCUCGCGGCGCAACCGGAGAUCAUGAGAGCCGCCGAGAAGGAUGAGCAGUACGCCUCUUACGCUUACGAUGCCUGUCGCGAUGCUUUUCGCCAUUUGUUUGGUACAAGGGUUGCUGUAGCUUACCAGAGUGAGACAAAACUAUUGGGUCAGAUGCUUUAUUAUAUUUUGACAACAGGUGCAGGACAACAAACAUUAGGAGAAGAAUAUUGUGACAUCACUCAGGUUGCAGGUCCACAUUCUCUUUCCCCAACACCAGCAAGGCGUGCUCUUUUCAUCAUAUACCAGACAGCAGUUCCUUACCUUGCAGAAAAAAUUAGCUCUAGAAUGGCUGCCCGAGGGAUCAUCCUCGCUGAUUCACAAUCUGAUGAGUUGUAUGGUGAAAUUUCUGCUAGAAGAAAUCAAACCCAAUCUUCUGUUACUACUGAAGGUUCAUCAAACUCCACAACAGUGUCAUCUAUGUCAUCUUUUUCAAGGUUGAAGCAGAAAAUCUAUGGGUUAUGGUUGUAUGCAGUUCAGAGAUGGCACACAGUGCUUCCAUUUGCUCGUGAGUUUUUGCAAUUGGUCCUCCGUACCAACCUCAUGUUUUUCUACUUUGAAGGUCUAUAUUAUCAUAUAUCAAAACGAGCUGCAGGUAUUCGUUAUGUAUUUAUUGGCAAGCCAUCAAAUCAAAGGCCUCGAUACCAGAUACUGGGGGUGUUUCUUUUAAUCCAGCUAUGUAUCAUUGCUGCUGAGGGGCUGCGUCGUAGCAAUUUAUCUUCUAUUGCAGGUUCAAUCCAUCAGACAUCACUCGGGCCUCACCAUACUUCAGCAGGUUUGCCUGUUCUGAAUGAAGAAGGAAAUCUUGUGACUAGCAAUUUGAACCUUGAUAAGGGGAGUUGGGCAUCUGAUUCCACAACUAUUUCAGAGUCUCAAACAAGUGGGGUAAGUAAAUGCACACUCUGCCUAAGUAGUCGCCAACACCCAACAGCCACACCUUGCGGCCAUGUCUUCUGCUGGAACUGCAUCAUGGAAUGGUGCAAUGAAAAGCCUGAAUGCCCCCUCUGUCGUACUCCAGUAACUCAUUCAAGUUUAGUUUGUAUAUAUCAUUCCGACUUCUGAUUUUGUUAUUGAGGAUGUCUGUUUACCAGAAUGUAUAAGUGAAACUGUUUUAAGUUAAAUCAAUAAGAGCCAAUCAUUUUAUUUCCUGAAA